AUGAGAAACAACCACAAUGUGGCCGUUAAGGGUACGUUCGACGACUGCCAAGCCAAUGUCAAGGAUCUGUUCGCUGACGCCGACUUCAAGGCCAAGUACCACCUGGGAGCUGUCAACUCCAUCAACUUCGCCCGCAUCCUGGCGCAGAUCGUCUACUACGUCUGGGCCUACUUCCGUGCUCGCGAGCAGGGCGUGACUGGUGAAGUCGCCUUCUCCGUCCCCACGGGUAACUUCGGCGAUAUCCUUGCUGGCUUCUACGCCAAGAAGCUAGGCGUUCCUAUUGGCAAGCUGAUCGUGGCUACCAACGAGAAUGAUAUCCUCGACUGCUUCUUCUCCAGUGGUAAGUACCAGCGUCGCGACAUCCAGCACACCAUCUCGCCGUCAAUGGGCAUUUGUGUGUCUAGCAACUUCGAGCGCUACCUCUUUGCUCUCUCUGGCGAGGGACACGAUGUUCUGCGUGGCUGGAUGCAGGGUUUCGAACAGACCGGCGAGCUCACGAUCUCGGGCGAGCUGCUCGCCAAGGCGUAG